UCCUUCAUUAAGCAGUGCUUGUAACCAAAGUAGAGUGAUAUCUGUUACCUCUUAUCCAUUGUUGAUUGCACCUCCAUCUUCACGUUGAGUUCUUUCGUGCUGGAUCGAGCGUAUAAGAAGAAAAAACAAUAGAUGUUUGUUUCUUCUCAAAAAUACAACCCCUACUUUCCCUGCUCCUCGUUUCCACUGCACAACCCAACAACAACAACAUGCACCAUUUUCAAUUGCCAAAACCCAAAGGAGCAUCACUCCAUUCUCCGGAAGCACAAUUCCAAAUCCACCGCCUAUCUCCUUCAGCAUCUCGCUCUCAAAGAUGGGGUACCCAUUUCCACUUCCAUUCCCAAACCAAGCGAGCUUCUAGACCCAAUGCCCCACGAUGAGAAAGUGAAGGUUUUGGAGCUUUCCCUCGUCAGAAAAAGGACCCCUCAGUUUCCCGGUUCCAUCUACGCUCAAUCUCCCAGCGACCCCGAUGUGGGUUCUUCUCUGCCCCCUAUCCGCACCCUCUUUCAAUCAGGUGCUGACCCUGAUGAUAAACAUGAGAAGGAAGAGGAGGAGGAGGAGAUGAUUUUGCGCGCUCUCGAGAUUCGAAGAAAGGUCACUGAAGAGGUUUUCAAAGAAGCCAUGCGGAAGGGAAAGUUUGGAAUCACCUACACUACCAAUUUGACUGGCAGGUUAUCCGGCUUUCUGGAUCACAUCAUGAUUGAAGCUGCUAACUUGAAAAGAUUGCCUGGGUUUUCAAACUCCUCCUUCAAUUUACGCGCCAAAACUGUUAUUGAUGAGUCUAAAGUUGUGCCACUUAUUAGAUGGUUGAAGCACAAUGCACUGUCGUAUCCCCGGAUAGCGAAGAUCAUUUUGAAGUCAAGAGGAAAACCUGAGUCCAUAAGAAGUUUUGUCAUGUGGUUGAAAUCGGUACGUGUGAAAGGUGAGUUUCUUGGUGUUGUAAUGUUGAAGGCUGGAGAUGAUAUUUUGCAACGCAGACAUGAGGAGCUGGAUGAGAUUGUUCAGUAUUUGGAGUCCAAUGGAGUAAGGAGGGAGUGGAUGGGUUAUGUCAUUAGUCGUUGUCCUCAGUUAUUGUCUUACAGCUUAGAAGAAGUGAAGACUCGUACACAUUUCUUCCUAGAUAUGGGUUUAAAUGAGAAGGAUUUUGGGACAAUGGUUUUUGAUUUUCCUAGAGUGCUUGGUUACUAUUCUCUGGAAGAAAUGAAUGAAAAGGUUAAUUACUUAAAAGAAUUUGGGCUUCAACUUGAGGAUGUUGGCAAAUUGCUUGCAUUUAGGCCACAAUUAAUGGCGUGCAGUAUUGAGGAACAUUGGAAGCCUCUUGUAAAGUAUCUGUAUUAUUAUGGGAUCACUCGAGAUGGCAUGAAGAGGAUGCUUAUCAUUAAACCAAUGGUCUUUUGUGCUGACUUGGAGAAGACUAUUGUGCCAAAGGUAAAAUUUUUUGAGGACAUAGGGGUUCACAAUGAAGGGAUUGGCAACAUGCUUGUGAAGUUUCCACCUCUACUCACUUACAGCCUCUACAAGAAAAUUAGACCAGUGGUCAUAUUCUUGAUGACCAAAGCUGGAGUCACGGAGAAAGAUAUUGGCAAGGUUGUGGCUCUUGGACCUGAGCUCUUGGGAUGCAAUAUAGUACAUAAGCUUGAUGUGAAUGUAAAAUAUUUUUUAUCUCUUGGCAUACGUCUUCGGCAAUUGGGUGAGAUGAUUACUGAUUUCCCGUUGCUGCUAAGAUACAAUCCAGAUGUCCUUCGUCCCAAGUAUAUUUAUUUGCGAAAAUCCAUGAUCAGGCCUUUGGAAGAUGUCAUUGAGUUUCCAAGGUUUUUCAGUUAUUCUCUCGAGGGUCGAAUCAUCCCAAGGCACAAGGUUCUAGUGGAGAACCAUAUUAAUAUUAAGCUGAGAUAUAUGUUGGCGUGCACUGAUGAAGAAUUCCACAAAAUGGUCAAGGACUUAAUUGGAAAGCGCAGAAAAUUUGAAUCUGCUGUUACCGAAGAUAUUUCUACACCCCAGGCAUAAAAAAAAUUGAUGACUCUGCAGAAAAUAGAAUGGUUGUUGAAUUUUGGAAAUUAAAGCUGUAUAGUAACUAUCUCUUAACUUAUGACAUGAUAACUGUUUAGACUUUGAGCGCAGAAAAAUGUUAAUAAUUAGGAUGGUUUGAGGUAUAUCGUAUAUGCUUUUACACAAAAAAUGACUG